AACUAAUCGCAACAGUCAGUAGAACUGUGACCCUCAAAAAUUAACAGCCCGUGGCUGUGACCCUCAAAAUAAAAAAGGAAAAUGGCAUUUGCAAACCAAAAAAUAUGUCAUUUUACUAUAUAUAUUAGUAUUGUGAAAGUUUAUUUCUUUGCCGCAGAACAAAUGUCGGAACUCAUACACAACAGCCGAAUUCUUUCCUUAUAAAAAGCCUUCUCUGUUGGCCUUCAACAAGCUCUGGAGAGAUAAACUAGCAAGGAGUUGUGAGUUUUUUUUAUAGAGAGAGAGAGAGAGAGAGAGAGAGAGAGAGAGAGAGAGAUGGGAGGGUGUGCGACUAAGCCGAAGGUCUUGAAGGAAGCGUCGGUUCCGGAGCCUGUGAAGGAGGAGAAAGCCGGUGCAGCUGAAGAACCGGUUAAGAACGAGAAGGCUGUUGUUGUCGUUAGCGUUAACGAGGAGGAGCCGGCUGAGAAGACUAAUAAGAAGGAGGAAGACGAUGAUCAUAAGGUCAAGGAGAUUGUUGACGAUGACAAAGUUGACGACCAAGAUAUCAAGCGCCGUUCUCUCAGCCACUUGUUCAAGGAGAAUGAAGUAGGGAAGGAAUCAACUGAUGGUAAACCUGCAAUGGAGCCACUAAAACAAGAAGAAUUAUCAGUGACAAAAGAACCAGCAGAUGAAUCUGAGACCAAACUUUCGGAGGUUGAAAAAUUUGAAAUUUUGGUAGAACAGACCGCCGUCCCUAACGAUGAUGCUCUCGAGAAGGCCGCCGAAACAGAGAAAACAACUGAAACGGCACGGCCAGCUGCAGAGGACAAAACUGAUGAAACAUCCGAGGACAAGAAAAUAGAAGACCCAGAUGUUGCUGAUGCUCCUAAGGAGCCUGAAACCCAAACCAAUGAGAAAACAGAAGAAAAGGCCGAAACACAGGAAGCACUUGAAACUACGGCAGCUGCAGAGGCAAAAAACGAUGAUGCAUCUGAAGGAAAGAAAAUAGAAGAGAAGGGCGAAACACAGGAAGCACUGGAAACUACGGCAGCUACAGAGACAAAAAACGAUGAUGCAUCUGAAGCAAAGAAAACAGAAGAGAAGGCCGAAACACAAGAAGCACUUGAAACUACAGCAGCUACAGAGGCAAAAAACUAUGAUGCAUCUGAAGAAAAGAAAACAGAAGUGAAGGAGAGUGUUGAAGAAAAAGCCAAUGUGUGAUGGAAAAGGUCUUCUUGGCACGAUAAUUGUCGAAAAGUGACGAUGCAUUUGCCUCUUUAUUCUACAGGGAAGGCUGCCUAGCGAUCGCAUGAUCCCAAAUAAAGAUAAGUUCAUUGGUGCAUAUAGCAACUUAUUUAGAGGCGUUGUUUGGAGUUGUUUCUUUUCCUUUUGUUACAUGUCAUUCUUCUUUCCUCCUCGGCUCUUUUCCUCCCCAUCUCGUGUUUUCUUUUUCUUUUUUCUGGUUCUUUAGUUUUUUCUUUUCUGCAUGUGGACAUAGAUGGGUAAUACUUUGUAGAGGUCUGCUUGUCUUUUUAUAAGAGGAAUGCUGUUUAAGUUUUUGCUGGCAAA